AUGUCAGAGCUCCCUCGAGAAGGUCGUCAACGUGGAUCCGAUUGGGUUUGCCUUCUCGUAGCAGGGCCGGAGGUCAAUCUAAAAUCGUUGCUGAGCGAAAAUUCAUUUCCAUCCGACUAUGCCCCCCUGUCACCGGACUUCAUGUUCCUGCCCGUCUCCGUCCUCCAGGAAGAGGUGGAGCGGAUCGGAGCCGACCUGAUGAAGCUGAAGGAAUCCGUGUUGGACAAACAGAGUCAGGUCUUGUCUCGAGACCCCAGGGGCCUCGAUGAGACCAGGAACAUGCUUUUCGAGCUGGAGAGGACUUACCUCGAGCUGCACGACAGAUGGAAGUUUGGACAAAGCCUCGCUGAGAACCUCACCAAGUGCUUUGGUGAAAUCGUGCGGUUGCAAGCCAAGGACAAUAACAAGGCAAGGUACUCGAGGACCCUCUCGCAGCGGGUUGAGACCCAGAUCACCCUGUCGAGCAUGACCCAGCAAGAUCUUGAUGCCAUCCCUUCCAAGUUGGACCAGCAACACCGCAUGGUAACCAUUGUUAGCCUAGUCUCUGACCACGAGCUGUUCGCUGAUUCAUUGCAGAUUGACUCUAAGCUGAGCAUAAUGAUUGCGGAGGACACUCGCCGUGAUAGCUCCUCGAUGAAGACCAUUGCCGUGCUCACUUUAUUCUUCUUGCCAGCCACUGCUCUGGCCUCGAUUUUCGGCAUGUCCAUGUUUGAUUGGGGGGCUCGGGACGAAAAGGAUAUCGUGUCUCGGCAUUUCUGGAUCUAUAUCGUUGUGGCAGUUCUGCUAACGCUGGCUGUGCUUGCUGGCUGGAUCUUGUGGUACUCGUGGAACCAAAAGAUAUAUGAAAAGAAAUGGCGAAGGGAUAUUGAGACCGCCAACACUCCGACAGCAAAGCACGAGGACUAG